AUGACAUCCACUAUUCCCUUAGCUACGUCGUCGCCCACGGUGAUGAUGCCCACAUCAACAGCAAGAGGGGGACACGUCUAUGGCACGAAUCUCGGGCCUUUAACCUCGGUGUUUUCGGCGCCAUUGAGUUGCAUAAACCCUAGCAACAUUUGGGUUUCGGAAUUUGUAACAACAACCGACUCAACAACUACAGAAACCUUUGAGCUUUAUGUGACAAGCACUUGCGCGCCCUCCGCGAAUGCAGUGCCUUGCUACCCGCCCAACUUCAAGGUCCCGACCGAGUUCGAUAACGAGGGGCACUAUUACUCCCCGGCUUCACAGUGCCCGGAGUACUACACAACUCAGACCGUGACCUGGGACGACCAUGCAUUGUAUGAUAGAAAAGCGGGAGAAGUAGCCGCAAUAUGCUGUCCAAGAGAUUUUGUCCUUGUGCGAAACUACUGGGAUGUGUACUGCACAUACACCCACUUGAAGAGCACGGGAAAGACCGAUGUAGUAACGGCAAGCUACUGUGAUGGGAGGCGCGACACUUUCACACGUCCAUUAGAAAUCUACGCGCCUGCCAUCAACAUCCGCUAUCAACUAACCGAUAUAAAACCAGGCUUCACCGGUGUCACACCCAGGUUGUCGGCAGCGCAGACGACGACGGCGAAGACGACAGGCCAGUCCUUAACUGAUAAUUCUUCACCGGAAGCGACUUGCGGCUCUAAUCCAAGUCAGUGCGGAAACGGCUCGAGUGCCAGCAGACCGGCUCUUAGAAAAGCUAUGCUUGGACUAUGCAUCGCUCUUCCUGUAAUGGCUCUGUUGGCUUAG